AUGUCCAUAACAGAAUCAAGAAAACCCAAAUGGCACCACCACCCGCCUCCUCCUCCAACACCAAGAAUCCUGCACUUUCCUCGCCGCCCUCGCCGGAGACUCGCCUCCACCAAGGUGCCUUCCGGCGGUGGUGCGCGGAGGGACUUUAAAGGCAAUAAGUUGGGGACUUUGUUUGAUCGAGAAGAACGUGUUCCGAUAGUGGUGUUGGAUCAUGAUGGGGAGGGUGAGAGGAGGAGGGAGAGAGUUGAAAGUGGUGGUGGUGGUGUUGGUGGGUUGGAGUUGGAGGAAGAGAAGUGGAAGUUUCAGGCUGAAAUGUUGAGGGCUGAAUGUAACUUGUUGAGGAUGGAGAAGGAGAUUGCUGUGAAGAAGUUAGAGAGGACUCGUUCUAAAAUGGAGAGAACUCUAAGAUCUGCUGUUUAUACCCUUGUUUCUGGAAGAAUAAAGAUUUGUGAAGGAAAGAAUAUUGAUAUGGUUUUGGAUGAAGAGAUUCAUGAGUUGACAGAGAAGCUUCAGAAAUUGCAAAAGAGAUCGGCAGCAAAGGAUUUUGAGGCUAGGAAAAACAAAAAUUUUGACAAACAAGUUUCUGUUCUGCAGAGACGACUGGAGAGGAUUGGAGGACCAUCAGAUGAGAUAUAUUUGAGGGAGUUUCAAGAGCUGGAAAAUGUAAGCUUUUCCAUUAGAAGAAGUAGCAGAUUUGAUGAUGGCAUUGUUGCAAGUGGAAAACUAAAUGUGGAGAUUCUGAGAAGGAAAAUGGAGGGAUUAUCAAAGGGAAUAUUAUUACAGAGAAUGGAGGAAGAGUAUAAUUCGCUGCUGUCCACUGCUAGUAGUUCUCUUGCCAGUUCUGGUUCAACUUCUAAGAGAGCUGAAUUUCAAGAUUCAUCUUCUUCCAGAGUACCUCAUCAGGCAUAUCCUUGAUUUCUUUCCUAUUUACUAGUUGAUAGGAACCCGUGUUCAGGACAUUGCAAGACUAUUGUAAGAAGAAUUGUAGAGCAAGUUAGAGCUGAGACCGAGCAAUGGUCCCAAAUGCAGGAGAUGCUAGGUCAGGUGAGGGAAGAGAUGGAGGAACUGCAGGCUUCUCGAGAUUUUUGGGAAGAUAGGGCCCUGCAUUCUGAUUUUCAAAUCCAAUCCCUACACAAUGCUGUGCAAGAAUGGAGACAAAGAGCUCUUUCGUCUGAAAGCAAAACAAAUGAGCUUGAAGCAAAACUCUCCAUGCUCUAUGGUCAUCUUGAGAGCUUGAGGAAGGAACAAAAUGCAGUUCAGGGGACCAAAUGUUCACCUAUUCCCUCGGACACACAGAAUGAGUUGGAGAAGCGAGUAGUGGUUUGUUUCUCAAAGGAAAAUAGCAAUGUUACAGAAAAUAGCAAGCAUAAUGAGGAUUUAAGGAAUGGGGAAAGAAAAGCACAUGCAGCUAGAGGUGGAUUCGCAGCCCCAAAACGAUCACCAUUACAAGACAUUGGGAACAAGUCAUCAUUGUUGAUGAGGCAGAAUGGCAAAGCAGUUUUCCCUUUGCAUUGUCAUCUUUCUUCAAAUGUGGAGAAAAUAAACUAG